AUGCGUGGUGGCGAGCUUUUUCGGCAGCUACGAGAUUUGGUGGACGUGGCAGAGGACACUGGGACGGUGACUGUUAGCAAGUGCCUUCUCCAGAACGACCAUGGCCAACUCUUCUGGUCUUUGAACGUCACCGCCGUCCUGAACGGCUCCACCAAGAGCUUGAGCGCCAUGGGCGAGGAGGCCUUGCGUCGACUACUGGAGGCCCGCUUGAGGCCGAACGGCCCCAGCAGCUGGGCAGAAGCCCUUGCCUAUGAGGCCACACGCGCGGAUCCGUUGGCGGUGCUCUUCGAGGCACUGCAGCUGGACUCGCGGCUUCGGCACCACCGGCGCGCGUUGCUGGCGCCGGAGAAGGCGGAGGUGGUGCGCUCGGUGGCGGGAGAGCUGCAGCGUGCGGUGAAGGAGGCCAACUCACCUCCGUGGUGCACGGCGCUCUUGAAGGAAAUGGCCAGCUGCUUGCUGGACUUGCACCAGGAGAGCCUCCGCGGCUCAAUGAGUUGCACCUUCUGUGGCAACGCGUUGAGCCCGGAGGAGUCCUUCUGCCGGCGCUGUGGACGGCGGAACGAGGCCGGGGCACGUGGGCCACCCGGGCGGCGGCCGGUGCCUUUGCAGACGGACGUGAAGCUGGGCGCCCUGCUGCGGAGUGGCUCCUCCAAGGAGAUCUUGGAGCGGCUGGUGUGGCUCCAUGAGCAAGAGCCCAGCUUGGGAGAUCAAAUCACCCUGGCCUUGGCCGCUGCGCUGCCACGGCUGAACAUCAUGAGGCUCUUGGUCUUCGGCCGGGUGCUGCAUGAGCUCUUCAAGCCGGAGGAUGGGAGCCCCUCGGCACGACACAUUACUCAAGAGCUCCACCCCCAGCGCCGGGCGGCCUUAACCUCGGCGGUGACGCGGGCAGUGCUGGCGUCGGAUCUGAAUAGUUUGCCAUAUGAACUGGAGGAGCAGGUGGAGGACUUGAGGCUCUCGCCCUACCUCUCCGACCCCGAGCGCCAUGCGCUCCUGGAGCUCAUGGUCGCCCCCUGCGAGGCUCGUGACCUCCGUGACCCCGAUCGGUGGCGCGACCGGGAGCUGGAGAGGCCGCGCGACCGCGCGACGCUCACCCGCGGCGUGGCCGCUCCGGGGCCGGGGCGUGGCGCGGAGCUGCGAGCGCUGCGGAGGGCGCCAGCGCGGAUGGUGGAGCCGGCGCCGGCACAGGCGCGGCUGAGGCGGCCGAGGGCGAGCGAGACUUAUGGCUUUGGCUACCUGCCCGGGAUGGCCUUUGAGGACUACGAGGAGCUCGAUCCACGGCCGACCUCGCGACCGCCCUCGCUGCCGCCCUCGCCACGGGAGGAGUUCUUCCUUCCCGACUCAUACAGCCGUUUCAGGGGUCUCCGCACUGACUCGCCCCGCCCGUCGCUGCAGCGCGCGGCCAGCGCCUUCCAACGCCUGGCCGAAGCCGCGCAGCGCGAGCGCGGCUACGCGGACAAAUCGGGCUCCGAUCCGGAUGAGAAGGCCUACCCCUUCGACGCAAGGCAAACCGAGGAGGAGGAGAAUGCGAACGCCACGGUGUCCGCGCCGCCGGAAGAUACCACAGAGACGCCCAGCCGGAGGAAUUUGGUCACCAAGAGUCAAUCUUUCCUCCGGGCGAGGCUGUCGAUGCCGGACCGCAUCGAAAUCUCGCGGAUGCGCGAGGAAUACCUGCAGCGGAAGCCCGGCUACUGCUUCUCUGCUCGACACCAGCCUCUGAGGGUUGAGAUUUACUUGCUCUUGGAGGAGCCGACGAGCAGUCGAUCGGCCAAGAUGUUAUCCAUCGUGGUCUUUGUGUGUAUCAUUCUGUCCAUCGCCCUUUUCAUGCUCGAGACCAUGCCGGAGCUCAAGGAUGUGCCAGAUGAAUUCUGGGUGGCUUCGGAGUGCUUCUUCACCAUCGUCUUCAUGGUGGAGUACAUGACCAGACUUUUGGUCUGCGAUGUCUCGGGCGUUUCGGCGUGGGCGUUCAUCAGGACGCCGAUGAAUAUCGUGGACGUGGUGGCCGUGUUGCCUUUCUUUGUGAUCCUCGCGCUCUCCAAUGUGGGUAAAGCCAUAGGCUUCAUCCGGGCGGUGCGCCUGGUACGGCUGUUUCGGAUCUUCAAGCUAGGGCGGUACUCCACCGGCUUGAAGAUGAUGAUGGUGGCCCUAGGCAAUAGUGGGCAAGCGCUCAGCGUCUUGGUCUUCUUCCUGGGGAUCGGCUGUGUGCUCUUCUCCAGCAUGGUCUAUCAUUUGGAGAAGCUCUCCUGCCCUGAUCAGACCAACUUUAAUACCACUGAGCUCUCGACCUACAAGGAGGAGUGUACGGACAAGCUGCGGCGGGUCUCGCAGUACGGGUUGUGCUGCAACGAGCAGAACGUCCCGCUGGAGUUCCCGUCGAUUCUGUCCACCUUCUGGUGGACCAUAGUCACCAUGUCCACCGUGGGCUACGGCGACAUAGCACCGCGGACCCCGCCCGGGAAGCUUGCAGGUGCUGUGACGAUGUGCUCGGGGAUCUUGCUCUUUGCGCUGCCCAUCGCCCUAAUUGGCUCCCGCUUUCAGGAAGCCUACAACAUGGCCGUCUCCAGGGAUAGCCCAUCGCUGCAGGUCCGAAAGAGAUCCAAGGACCGUGAUGAGCCGCCCUUCAAGAUCAUGAGCACCCGGCUGCGAUUGCUGCGCUUCAGCAAUACCUCCAUGACGCGCUUGGCCAAAGAACUGUCGAAGGAGCUUGAAGAGGCCUCCGAAAUGCAGGAGGACAUCCGCAUGUUCGAACGGGCGGAGAAGGAGCUCCAGAAGGAGGUCCUCAAGAGCGGACUGCAAGUCGUCAGCCGUCUCCAGUUCCACGUGGACGCCGCCAAGGUUGGGGCAACGACCACGGCGUCCAGUGCGCCCAGUGGAGGUCUGGCCGAGGGUCGCUCCAAUGCGGCGCCAGCCUCCCCGCCGCUGCCGGAGGUGGUGCUGCCGCACCAGCCCAUGGUGGAGCCAGACCGCGAGGUGGUGGUGCCGGACCGGUCGAGGCUGGGGAAGAUGGUGUCCUUCGACGUGCCGCGUCAGGGUGGUUGA